CCAGAACAAAAUCUGAGGGGUGGGGUGAAAUGUUUUUGAACCAAUGAGAAGUCUUUGUGGGGGCGGGAAGCAACGAGGUGACACUCAAAAGCACGAAGAAGUCCGGCCGGUCGUCAAGGACCAGGACCACAUCUCUACUGGACCCGACGAGAACAGGAAGCCAUCGAGCGUCACAUGAGCGCAGGGUCCGACGUGCCGGUCCGUGUUGCCCCCCCACACCUGAGUCGAGCAAUGCUGCUGGGAACGGCGAAACACCUGAUGGACAUCAGAGAACAUUGUAGCCUGUCCAUCGUGGCUCAGGCUGAGAGAGAAGACUUCCAGGAGUUCAGCCCGACCAACAUCUCCAACUCGCAACAUCACCUGCUGGCAAUGUUCAGGUGUGUUCCCGGGGGCGCUGGGCCCGCACAAACCGAGGACGGCCUGAGACGCCCACACCGGCGCAGAAAAGUCCAAAGACCGGUUGACUUUCAAGAUGAUUGGUGCACAGCACUUGAUGACAUCAUACCCCCGCCCACUCCGUUUAAGGACUCACAGCCCCGCCCCUUUGUGGAGUUAUUUCACAAUGUCGCCAUGGAUGUGCGUGACGCGUCUUCGCCGUACGAGAGUCCGCACGACCUGCGCAACAGCGGCGCUGCAUCCGAGUCCAAAAGCGACGACUCCGACGUUUCACAUUUGACCUUUGACACCAUGAAAGGCUCCUCCUCCUUGUUGGGCCGUAAGGGGCGUGGCUCCGCCCGCUCGCCAUCACGCACCUGUCCGAGCGCUAACGUGACGCCGAUGUCAAAACUCUCGCUUUGGCCUUUCGUCAUCCAUCAGAAAACACGCCCCCUGCUGAUAUCUUCAUCUUCAUCAUCAUGUCCUCACCAGGGAUUCCUAUUACACAACAAACUACGGCCCAGCAACUGGCGGUACCGUGAAGGCGAAGAGUACAGCGUCCUGCGACACAUCCACAGUGGGUCCUACGGGGACGUGUUGUGUGUGCGUGACAAGACCAGCGGCUUCAUGUGCGCCGCCAAGAAGGUGAGGACAUCUUGGAAGUCCAAAGAUGGCUGCACCUCCACAACAACGUGUGUGUGUGUGUGUGUGUGUUACCAGCUUCCUCUCAGUCGCUUCAACCAGGAAGAGGUGACGGCGUGGAGCAUGUUGGAUUCUCCUCGCGUGGUGCGGCUCUUCGGGGCCGUGAGGGAGGGGCCCAACGUGGUGCUCUUCAUGGACCUGAAGCCAGCUAGUCUGGCUCAGCUCAUGAGAACGGCCGGCGCCCUCCCUGAGGACUUGGCCCUGCACUUCCUGCACCAGUCACUGGGGGCGCUGCAACACCUGCACCGCAGGAAGGUCCUUCACCUGGACGUCAAAGUGGACAACGUGCUGCUAUCUGCUGACUGCACACAAACGUUCCUGUGUGACUUUGGACUGUCCCACAUGCUGGACCAGAGCGGACACAGCACCAAAGACUUCAUGGCCUUCCCCGGCACGGAGACCCACAUGGCCCCCGAGGUGGCGCGCGGGGACCGCCUGAACGCCAAGGUGGAUGUGUGGAGCAGCUGCUGCAUGCUUCUGCACAUGCUCACUGGCUGCCACCCGUGGAUCCGCCGUUACUCGCAGCCGCUGUGUCUCCACAUUGCCAACGAGCCUCCGCCCCUGUGGGAGGUGCCAUCCGACUGCAACACGUCGACAGCGAAGGUGUUCUGGGCCGGACUGCAGAAGGACCCUGAUAAGCGGGCGUCGGCGAGCCAGCUGAGGAGGAAAACCAGCAAGGCCCUCAGAGCAGUUGGCGGUCUGAGUCCUGCAUCCGUCCAACGGGCCUGUGAACACCUCGCCGACAGAAGCGACGCCCGCUCUGGCUCGCCGGGCACGAGAGCUCCCACGAUGCACUGGGUGAGCCCGUGGAGAACCACGGCGGUGGACGAGGAUCAUGACGAGGAGGAUUCCCUCACUUUGGAGCGGGAAUGCCAUCCGAGGUCUCUACGGGAUGAACACGACUGGGAUGCAGAUUCCGAUGUGGAUAUUUACACAGGAGAGGACAAAGGUCCCGGGGACAUGAGGCUGGGGACGGAUGUGGACUAUGAAGGGGACUGGGAAGACGAGGGAGAUGAUGAUGAGGAGUCCUCACAGUAUCUGAGAGAACUUCGAGGAUUUUUCCCUGUCCUACGGCGAGGCCAGCAGACCCGUCAGACUCGAAGAGGAUCAGAUAGUGACCUGGAAGACCUCCGAGAUGGUGUGGACCCCAGGUUGGACAUGCGGACCCCAUCCCCGGAGCCACGCGAUGACCCCCCCUCCUGUUUCAGCAGCUCUUCGCAGGCCGGUUCCUCAGACCUGGUUUGUAACGAGGAACGUGAGCCUGUCCGAGUAGGUCUUCUUCAGUCUGGACUUUUUUUUUUGAAGGACUCGGAGUGCUCGUCUGAUGACCUCAGCUCAGGGGUCUUCUCUUCAUGCGGCAGCCGCAUGGAGGAUUUGGCGUGGACGCGUCGCUGCCCCUCGCGCUGCUUUGAAGGCGUUGACGUGUGGAUCGAGGAUGCCCAGGGGGAAUGUCUAAGGAUUAGGGAACGUCACCAUGUCCAAGUGGGACAUGUUGCCGUCGGAAUCAGCGAGCAGGUGUCAAUGACUGCUUUCACCUUGGAGACGCUGGACAGGAAGUUGGUGUCCUCGGAAUGGGAGAUCCAGGAGGCUUGCCUGUGGCUUCGCUGUGUCCCCGCGCCGGACGCUUGUCAACGGUGGACGUGGCGAGUCCGCGAUGGCACACUGGAACAACGGCAUUGAGAAGAAACAUCUGGUUCUUCACCUACUUGAAGUUUCACUCCAAAGCAGUAGAGGAGGGAAGGUGCCCAUGCCAACUUCCUUAGCAUUAGCUUAAAGUCCUUGCUAGCUGAGGCUGGAGAUAGACAUGAGGGACACUUCCUGUGACAAUUUAGCUUGUGCUGGCUUUAACCAAGACGAGUACCCGUGAGCCCCGAUUCAGUAAACAACUUGCAAGUUUUGAAUGACUCGUUCAUGACUCGCACAUCUCUAGAUGAAGACAUACAAGGAAGCUGUUAGCUAGUAGCUUAAAAAUCAAAUUGGAGAUCCACAUCACAGAUUCACAUCAAAUUGUGAACGUAAAUGUUUUUUGUAAAGAUUUCGACUUUUCUUUGAUGUUUGUUGACUUUCUGGAGGAGUAAAAGGAGUAAACUUGGUCAAAAGACAACUUGUACUGAUGGAUGUAAAGGAUGCUUGAAAUAUUGUCAGAAUGUUUUGUGAGCCCAUUUCUAAUUAAAAAAAAAAAACAUGUUCAUUACUUCCUUAUUCAGCCUUCUUCCUCGAAGAACAAGUCACUUGCUGCAACGGAAGCAAAUUCAGGACGGACCAGUUUAUUUGUACACACAAGCGCAG